AACUUCCUCUGUAACAGACACAGACCAACAAUAGCGGACUGUCUGCUUCGUCAGCGAAGUCGUCAAAAGAUGCCGUGUGUCUGGGCUCUGUUUCCUGUGCUGGCGAUGACUUUGUCCUCAGCACAGAAUCUGCUCGGGGACAGAUCACCACAGUCAUGCCGGUGUGACCAGGAUCUGGACUGUACCUGCUCCCACUCUGGACUCAGCUCUGUCCCCUCAGUCCCAGACCAAACCCGGACUCUGGACCUGAAUUAUAACCAGAUCACUGAGAUCCACAGUCAGGACCUUGGACCACUAAGGGAACUCCUGGUUCUGAAAAUGCACGCGAACAGACUGUCCCAGAUCGACCCGCAGGCCUUCUCCGGUCUGUGGAAUCUGAAAGAACUGGACCUGUCCCAGAACCUGCUCACUACUCUGGACCAUCGCUGGUUCAACAAGCUGGGGGCGCUAGAGAGCCUCAAACUGCACAGCAACCUGUACAAAUGCCUUGGCUCUCCUCCUCCCUUCCAGACCCUGGUCAGACUGCGUGUCCUGAGCUUUGGAGGAGAGUCGUUGGAGGAAAUCCGAGUCUCUGACCUGAGGGGAGUGGGAGGACUGAAGCAGCUGCUUGUCGAUGCCAACAACCUUAAAAGGUACGAUUCCGGGGCCCUUGCUCAAAUCUGGCCCUUGGACCAUGUGACCCUCGGCCUUCACUCUCCAUUUUUGUUGAACCAGACUCUGGCCUCUGCUGUGCUCCAUGAUGUUUCAUAUCCACAAACUCAUCUCACACUGGAUAAUAUUUCCAUGAGCACCAACCUCUCCGUCCUGCCAUUCAGAGAAGUGGCCCAGAAAAGAGUCAGACAUAUUUCGUUCCAUAACUCAUAUUUGACAGAUCAGACGACUGUUAGACUUUUGGUGGAGAUAGAUGGAGCACCUAUUACCACACUCUCCGUAAACAACAUCACUCUAAACGGAGUUGGAAGUUGGGAGAAGGCGCAUAAGACUGAUCACAAAAGCCUCGAUGAGAUCUUCAUUAAAGAUAUUGUGGUGCUGAAUGUUUUUGAGUUUAGGUCUUUUUUGCCUCUGGGUUUCAUCCUGGAGUAUCCACGAAAGAUCUCCGUCAUCAACGCUAAGGUGUUUGUGAUGCCAUGUUUCACCGCUUUCCUGUUAAAGAACCUGAUGUUUCUGGACCUGAGUGAAAACCUGCUGACAGACCCCACCCUGACUGAGACCCUGUGUGAAGGAGCCGGGGUGCUCAAGAACCUAAGGGUGCUCAACAUCAGUGCUAAUGCUAUCAAGUCCCUGUCUCUGAUCAGCCGAAUGGUCUCUCAUCUGUCCAAACUGUCUCACUUGGACGUCAGCAGGAACACCUUAAACUCGAUGCCUCCCUCGUGUCCAUGGCCCCAGUCUCUCAGGUUCUUAAACAUGUCCAGAACCAAACUCUCCAACGCCACCUCCUGUCUGCCGCCAACCCUGCAGGUGUUGGAUCUUAGCUAUAAUGACCUGGAGGAGCUCUCUGUCGAGCUUCCUGCCCUGAAAGAGCUUCACCUCUCUGGGAACAAGCUCCUCACACUGCCCCCCGGAAGUCUCUAUCCCAACCUUCAGACCUUGACCAUACAGAUAAAUACACUGAACUUCUUUAGCCAUUCAGACCUCCUCUCUUUUCCUCGUCUCCAAAACUUCCAAGCUGGUCUCAACAAAUUCAUCUGCUCCUGUGAUUUUGUCCCAUUUUUCCACUCUUUAUCCAGUGGAAAAUCAAAUGUAUCUUUAACAGACGAAAUCAACAACUACUUCUGCGACUCCCCUCUCCACCUGCAGGGGACACCUCUUUCCCUCGUGCACCGCUCAUUCCCUGAAUGCCACUAUAUUUUGUUUGUUGCCCUGAGCUGUGGAUUGGUGCUUGUUUUCCUUGUGUGUUUGGGUGCGGUGUUGUGGAAAAUGCAUGCAUUUUGGUAUCUGAAUAUGAUAUUUGUGUGGCUGAAAGCGAAACAUCGAAGGAGGAGGAGAGAGAGGAUGAGGAGGGAGGACAGGGACACAGACAGACUUUUGGUCACAUAUGACGCGUUUGUGUCCUACAGCGAGAGAGACAGCGCCUGGGUGGACAACUACCUAAUUCCAGAGCUCGAACAGACAGAGUCUGGGAAUGGAGGUGUUGAAAUGACAAAGGGAAACUAUGGAACCUUUUGCCAUCAGCCCGUCUCCAUGGAGAGGUCUUCUGAAGAAACCAGAGCAGAGUCCAGUUCAGGGGCCAGUUGGGACACCAGACCAGAGUCCAGUCCCAGACCAGAGCCUCUGAGGCUGUGUCUCCACAGGAGGGACUUUCUCCCCGGGCGCUGGAUCAUGGACAACAUCGUGACGGCCAUCGAGUCCAGCCACAGGACUCUGUUCAUCCUCUCACACAACUUUGUCAAGUCGGACUGGUGCAAGUACGAGCUGGAUUUCACACAUUUCCAGCUGUUGGAGGGAAACUGCAGAGAGGAUGCCGCCAUCUUGGUUCUUCUAGAGCCGCUUCACCAUGACGAUGUGCCCAAGCGCUUCUGUCGCCUUCGGAGACUCCUCAACUCCACCACAUAUCUGCAGUGGCCCCAGGAUCCAGACCAGAGGGACCAGAGGGACCAGUUCUGGACCAGUCUGCGGCAGGCUCUGAGACCAGUUCAAGACCUGGACUAGACCGGGACUAAAUGUGACCUACUGGACCAUAGACUCUUUAUUCAGAGAUAUUUUUAUUUUUGUUUGAUGUUUUACUUUUACAAAUUAUUCAUACACAACACUGUACAACAACUUAGUAUUUUAUUUGCACAAUUAUAGUUCUUAAAGGUGCACUAUAAAAUGUUUUGGGACAGGAUUUACCAUCUUUUGGUUUCCAUGAUAUUACAGGUCAGAUCUGUGACAACUCUGCUCACAGUAAUGCCACAUUGUGGAACAUUUCAAUCAAAUCUUCAUGGAGACAAGCAAUUUUCCAAAGAUGAUGAUAUUUUGAGUGUAAUUUUCCUCUGGUUGUCUUUCCUUUUCCUCUUCCCCUGAAAUAAAACAGUUUACUUCAGCACA